AUGGCAUGGGGUGAGAGCAAGCCGACGUACCGUCUCUCCGAUGAUGACAAACGGAUGAUCAUUGCAAGUCUGAAUGGUUUCUGCGUCCAAGAUGACUGGGACAGGAUAUAUUCCUCUCUUCCCCCUGGCGGUCGUGCUGCAUUUGGGAUUGUUUUGUUGGAAACCAUGAUGAACAAGUUCAUCUAUGAUAAAUUUGCCGCCUCCACAUUCUGGUUCAUGGAUGCCAAAAUGGAUGCUACUGACCAGGAAGGAGAUGACAACUUCUGCAAACGACUCGACUAUGUCUAUGAGAGGUUCAAAGAAAGUAAGUUUUAA